CAGCACCCUUCCCUCGGUCCCGAGCUGCUCCGCAGCGCUCGGCACCCAGCUCACCCCAGAAAUGCGCUUCCUUCCCCGCCUCGGCCUCUCGGCCGCCCUGGCCAUCGCCGCCUUCCUCAGCUGGAGGCUGCUGCUGCUGCAGACCCCGGCCCGCAGCCACGGAGGUGACCUGGCCCCCAAGGCAGAGGAGGGUUUCACUUUGACUCUGGACACCUUCCUUCACGUCCAGCAGCUCAGGAAGAGGAGACUGAGAGCUUUCUGCAGCCAAGCAGGCAAAGUCACCACGCUGCCGAGCAGCCCGGACGAGAGAGCCUCCCUGCUCCCCAGCCUGAGGGUGAACACCAAGCUGGACCUCCUGUACUGCCAAGUACCAUCAGCAGGGGUGGAGGAAUGGCAUCAGCUUUUGGAGAAGCUAGAGGAGGAAAAUGUGACACUGCCAGUGCUGCUGCCCUACCGCCGGCUGCACGCUGAGGAGACACGGCUGAGCGACUUCAACCAGACAGAGAGAAAGGCCAUGCUGGGGUCUUACACCAAGGUGCUCUUUGUCAGGGACCCUUUCCACAGGCUGAUCGCCACGUUCCUGCAAGGCAUGGGCAUCAGCCCCUCCUUCAGCAGCUUCGUCCAGGAGGUCCUAGACAGCGGAAUGCACAAUGGCAGCGCGGCUUGGAAACCGCUGGUCAGCCUGUGCCGGCCCUGCCUCAUCCACUACGACUACGUGGUGAUGUUUGGCUUCCUCAGGCAGGAGCUGGGCCACCUGCUGCGCCGGGCUGGGCUGCCUGCAGGCAGCCUCCUCCCUGAGCUCAGCGACAGCCAGGUGCAGUGGACCUACAGGUGGCUGUCAGAGCAGAUGUUCAGCGAGCUGUCUGCCCAGCAGAAGCAGAGGCUGUCUCAUUUCUACCGCUGGGACCUCGCUGCUUUCCCAUUUUCUAGCAGUUUCCUGUCAGACCGUCCCAGCACCACAGAGACCUGGCAGAAAUAGCCCACACAGAAGAAUUAUUUCAGGGAGCGUUAAGCAAAAAGCAAGUGCUUCAAGGUACUGACAGGCUUUUGCUUCACAGCUGCUUGCAGUGAGGUUUUCUGUGUCAUAGUCCAAAAGACUCAUCAGAAAGCUGAGACGCACCACUGCCAGGGACAGGGAAUGAGCGUGGUUGAACCGUGUUUAAACACAACAAGAACAGGCACUAGGGAAACUUGUGGUGCUGGACUUGGAAAACUGCACGAACUGAACUGUGAUGGGAGAAACACAGCAGUUUGGGGUAUGGUGGGUUGGACCAGCUGCAAACCACUGUGGCAUCACACAUGCUGUGCCUGUGCUGAUAUUUCCUUUUCCAGGCUCCAUGUUGGGCCAAAAGGUUUGGCAAUGGCUUCUUCCUGACAACUCUUCCCACUCAGAUACAAGAAGUGCUCCCAGAGGAGCAUGUCACCUGGAGGUUGAGAUAUGACAAAGGGUGGCAGACCCUGCUGGGGAACCACUGGCAGUGUUCCCAAUCUUUUCGUGCUCAGGGAAGGUCAAGCCCAGUCCAUUAUUUGGUCUAUUCUGUUCUGUGUGAACUGUUCCUGUUUUACAGCCUCAUCUCCCAUGUGGGUGGGCUCAAGUGGGCCCUGGGCAUGGCACCCACUGCUUGCUCCAUUCACAGGUUUUGAGUUUGGCUCCCCUUCUUCCAGGGCUGACUCCAACAGGCCAAGGCCAGCAUUCAGCUCACUGCACUAGCCCUGAGUCAGGGGCGUGUCAGUGUUAACCAGGUACCAGCCACAGCACCAGACAGGCUGCCUCCCACUUGUGUCAGCAACUGGUGGGCCCUGUGGAGGUGGCUAGAAGCAUCAGAAUGCAGCACUGUGCUGCUGUGGGAAACAGGAUGUGGCUACUACAGGCUCCUGCUGGCAGAGAAGCACGAGGACUGACUCUGCUUUCUUUUGGGCAUGGCUGCCAGUGUGGCCAGACAGAGGCCCAGUCUCUCCAGCUGGCUCACAGCUUCAUCCAGCUGGGCAGCCCAGAGCAACCUCCCACCCUCUCCCCACUUUGGUCACCGAGCUGAUCUGACUCUCAGUCCCUGGGAAAGGUCCAUCUUUGUCAAGCAAACACCAAGGAUGAGUUUGUCUAGAUUUCAAAUCCUGCCAGACUCUGACCAUAGGAUUUUUUUCUUUCCAGAUUAUGUAGCAGCUUUAUUUUGCAAUGUUGUGACAUUCACAGAGAAUUCCAUGUACAUUCAUGGUACCGUUUUGACAGCGCUCAUUAAAGAACGUUAAUGAAAACUGUUGAUUAGACCUGACCUGAAACAAUUACCAAAAUCUUGGCCUCCCUUUCUCACAGAAGGCCAUGCAAUUAAUAGCAUUAAAACAUCAGAUCAGCUGGGCUCCUUUCACACUCCCACACACUCUCCAGCUGCAGUAAUUACUAUUUAAGUGCCGUUAUUGUGCGCAGUACUUUACAGUCUAGCAAGAUGGCACAGUUCCUCUUCUGAGACAGACUUCUGAAAGAAGAAAAGCAGCAAAUUUCCAAUUAUAUGCCAUUAAAUUAGAGUCUUGCAUCCAUGCUUUAUUUCACUGGCAAGUACUAGAAAAGGAACAUUUUUCUCUUCAUGAGUAGCUUUCCCUCCAGUGACAGUGAGCUGAGACCCCACACAGCGAGAUGUAGUGGGAGGAGAUGGGACACAGCACCUGGCAGGGGACAGUGGUGUGCACUCAGGGCAGGAGAGCUGCUCCCCACCAGCUCUGUAGUGCAGAGCACACCUCAGGUCAGGAAUCUUCUCUUCCUGCCAGCCCUCUCCAGUGGAUCCUAGUCCUUUUUUAAGGUGCCAGGCACUUAGUUCCUUGAAAACAAUGUAUGAAAUGUUCAGACAUUGAGAGGUGACUUGAAAACCUCAGCUUCAUGUUCCUUAGAGUCCCACAGCACAGGCAGGUAGUACAAUGAUCUUUCUGUCAAUUCCUGUUAGCCUCCUGUCAAUUCCUGUUAGCUUCCCUUUUCCCUUCACCCUCACAAUCAGUUGCUGUCAUUGCUUUACAACCCUAGUUUUAUACCAUUGCCAUCCCCAGGUGUUUGAUUUAAUUUACAUUCCAGUGCACCCCAAAAGGCAAGUGUUUCCUCUCUCCAUCAGCUGGGCAAGGGUGUCAGGAGGGCCCCAAGCUGGGCUGGGCAUGAGGACCAGGGCUGCUGCAUGGGAAAGAGUGAGUCACUGAUGCUGCAGCAAAACUGGCUCCACAGGUCUGCUCUGAGCAGCCUGCUCUGACCACUGCACGUACACAGAACUUGGCAAAUACUUUCCAAUUAACUCACAAAGCAAAUAGCAAAACAGAGACUUGAUAUAUCUAAUUUCAAAAAAAUUCACCUGACCAGGCAGUCACUGUGACUGAGACACUCACAAACCCCUCCUGAAAUGAUGAAAACUCCAAAACCAGGGAGAAAAAGAGCACUUAUUCAUCCUGCUAGUGACAUCCCAACGUCUCCCAGCACCAUCACAAGCAGCAGGCCUAUUGUGAACACUGGCAGCUUUCCCCUGGCAUGACACUGGGAACUCCUUGAUAUCCCACUCUGCCUGUGUCUCCAUGCUCUGCUUUAACACACAAUGCCUUUGGAUUUCUUCUCAUCCUGGUCUGAAGGAACAUGUCCAGCAAUCCCAUGAGGUGGAAUUCACAGAAAGAGCUGAUACCAAUCUACCUUACAGAUUUAGUAUUUUGCAUCCCUUCCUGGACACCCAAGAGUGUGAACACACAGGCUCCAAUAGCUGUUCUUGCACAUGAAUUAUCAAGUUUUCUUCUCUAGGAAGUUUUUUAGAUAUUACCAACUUUCAGGAGAAAACAAAAUUGUGUUCUUGCCCAGUACCUCAGUGGCAAGAAACACCUUAAGCUUAAGAAACACCAAUUACCAUAUUUCAAUUAAUAAAAAAAUUACAUAGCAAGACCAACAGGCACAAAAUACUUCCUGUAACUCCCUUCUUCUAGCUGGUAGAUCCAUAAUAUUUUGAGUUGAGAAAUAAAUCUACACCUUUUCAAGCAGUAUAUACUGGAGUGCUUAAAAAAAUAUUUCACACUGAGCAUGCAUUGUCCAGUCCUAAGAUGAAGGCAAAUUUUAACAAGUUUGUAUGUCAGCAAAAUUUUAUAUAAGGAGUUACAUCCUCUUGCACCAUACUUUUUUGAUGGCCCUGGGGUGCAAAAAGAGAAAAAAGACAUUUUUAUAAAGCAGUAGGCCAGAAAAACAGAUAGAAGUUUGCAAAUGAUCAGCAGGCACAGCAUGUGGCUGACACCAUCUAGAGAUAACAUGGUGCUCCAGUGUUGAAUCUGACAGUGACAAAACCUGUCAGGAGGGAUGCCCAGCACAAAAUCCAACACAAAGAAAUAUUCAAUCCAGAUGACACCAGGUCAUCACAUAGCAGCACAGUUUUCAGACAAGCACUCCCUGUAGCAAAAUGCAUCCAUCUCUUACAUUCAGCAAAACUAAGAAAUUUCUUGGAAAGAAGGCAAGGCCAUGACAGCAAGGGAUUUACCCUAGAGGGCACCCAGAGCCAGCUAAUCUGUGCCCAACCUCCUUGUGCCCCUUGCUUAGGCUGGUAUAAA